CAUACUUUGUCGAACUCACAAGCAGGCAAAAUUUUAAAUGUGUCAAUGAGUGUUUUUUUUUUUUUGGAAAAAAAAGAUAUCAUUUGUGAAAUUAUUUAGGAUUGAGUUCCUUGUUGGCAAAGAAAGAAGAUAAAACAUAUAGAUAUUUAACAUUUGAGGCUCCAAUUGUUGAAAGCAAAGAUAUUUUCUCCAUUGUCCACUAGUUACUCCUUUUUCUUCUCUCUGUAUUUGUCACAUAUCUUUACUUGAUUUGCAGAAGACAUAGUUGAAAGAAUGGAGUCAGCCCUGGUGUGUUCAACCGCUCCAAGAACGACUACGAGCAGUCUCCUUAAAAAAAGAGAGACACCACUUGAUGCUCCCUUUGGUCUUUCAUUUUCGGGCUGACUGUCAUGCUUCAGUUAUUGUCCAGAGAAACUAUGUCAAGUGUUGGGGUAUUUCGUUAUCCUUGAGAAAGACUAAGAAAUACAAAGUCUUUAAUUGCAAUGUGAAAGUAGAGGAUGAGGCUUGUGAACUAGUUAACGGAGUUGAGCUUUCCAUUGGGGAUGGAGUUGAUAGCAUUGAUGCUUAUCUCUGUAAUGCUGUAAAGAACAACAAUGGUACUGGCAUUUUGCUCUUAUCUGAUAUCUUUGGAUUUGAGGACUCAUUUACGAGAGAUUUUGCAUACCGUGUUGCAUGCAAUGGAUACAAUGUUCUGGUACCAGAUAUGUUCCGUGGAAAUCCAUGGAGAAAGGAUGAAUCCAAAGCUUUGUUUGAGCAAUGGAUUGGUAGUGUAGACAAACAACAGGUCGUGAGAGACAUUUUCACAUCGACUAAAUGGAUGGCCAAUGAGUUUGUGGCUGCAGGAAUAUCAAAGAAGUUUGGAGUGAUUGGAUUUUGCUUUGGCGGUGGCGUGUUAAUAGACAUAUUGGCUCAAGAUAAGGGUAGUGAGUUUGGUGUUGGGAUCUCAUUCUAUGGUACACGGAUCGACUUAUCUGUUACUAGCAAGAUUGAGGUACCUCUACUACUUAUUGCUGGUGACAGUGAUCCACUUUGUCCUGUGAAUGUGUUGAAGGAGGUUGAAAAUAACGUGAAUGGUUGCAAAAUGGCGAUUUUUGAGGGAAGGGGUCAUGGUUUUGCCCAUCGACCUCAAUCCUUAGAAGACGAUAAAGAUGCAGAAGAGGCAUUCUUGAUGAUGAGAAACUGGCUGCAUGAUGGACUAAUUUCUGAAAAUUGAUACUCAUUCUGUGAAUAGUCAAUCUGUUGUGUGAUGAAAUGCAAUUUGAAACUUCCUUUCUUUAGUCUUAUGAAGUAUAAGAAAUCUCAUUUUCAACAA